AUCAAUUUGUUGGGACUGGUGGCAACAGUUUAUUCGGCCGUUAUUGACCAUCCACAGCCGGAAUUAAAUGCCAACGGACCAAUAGGGGACUUAGUUUUUGUGCAUGCGUUUUAUCGACAUGGUGAUCGAAAUCCUGUUCUACAGGGUCCAGGUGAUCAUUAUGACAUUUCGUAUUGGCCAGAAGGCUGGGGUCAAUUAACAAAUUUGGGAAAGCGUCAGCAAUAUGAACUGGGACAAUGGUUUCGUCGACGAUACUCACAUUUCCUUAGCAGCACAUUCAACGUGAAUGACAUUUAUGUGCGGUCCUCAGAUGUAGAUCGUACACUGAUGAGUGCUCAAGCGAAUUUAGCCGGGCUCUAUCCGCCAACGGGUAGACUCAUCUGGAACGAAGACCUUAAUUGGCAACCAAUUCCAAUCCAUUCCGUGCCUGAAAACAUAGACUACUUAAUCGGAGGAUCAAUACCGCCUUGUGUCGCCUACGAAAAUGCCCUGAACGAGUACGCUCGCUCGACUGAAAUGUUAGAGUUCUACGGUUCUGUUCAACCUUUUUAUGAAUAUGUGUCAGAACAUGCAGGAACUAUCGUUAAUGAUCCAACGGCAUUGCUAUUGUUGAGAGAUUCUUGGUUCUGCCAAAGCAUUCAUAAUUUGACUCUUCCUGAAUGGACGAAACCACUCUUCCCGAAUAAUCCUGAAUUUGACGAUGCUGCAAUGAAAUUUUAUGCCAUGUCGGCUGCAACGAAAUAUUUAUCGAAAUUUAGAACGGGAUUCCUGUUGAAGGAUAUCCUGGAUCGAUUUACUAGGAAGGCUGAAAAAACACUAUCGCCCGAUGCAAAAAUGUGGAUGUACAGUACACACGACUCUGUACUCUUCAGCUUCCUGUCCUCACUGGACAUUUCUGACGGAAAUUUCGUUCCAUACGCUGCGGCUAUCAUUUUGGAACUAAGAAUCUACCACAACCAUUACUACGUUCAAAUAUUUUAUAAAAAUUCGAGCACCGAAACACCGAUGCCCAUUCGAAUACCACGGUGUGGAAAUAUUUGCCCAUUGUCGAAAAUGUAUGACAUUUACGAUGACAUCUUGCCAAAAAAUGAUUUUAAGACUGAAUGUCAGAAUAUUGACGAGAAAUAAUUUAUAAUAAA